CUCAUUCAUCGUGUAUUCGUGACUACGCCUCCUUCUUCCUCCUGCCCCUCCUGUCAUCUAACCUUGUUCCCUUGUCACCAUCCUCCCACACCCCGGAACUAGACCAACUACAUUUUAACCUCUCCCCGUCCCCUUCAUCUCGACACUGGACUCCUAGAGGCUCGUCUCUCUUCAAGUUCUCAACAUUGCCGAUCCACAGCUCUCAGGCUCGCGCCUCCAUUCGCUUCCCUUGCCAAGCCGUCUCGACUGCCGUUUACCGACAACUACCAGAUAGAAAGAGCCAGAGAAAUAGAAAGCCAAGAAGACGCACAACGCGCAGACAUACAUCAGUUCGCCACGCGCGCUCCGGCCCUCCAGCAUCGCAUCCGUUACAAAACUUUCCAUUUACCCCGACUUCCACGCGCCAGGCGCAUCUAGGAUACCCCCUGGGCAACCAAAUCGCCCAUAAACACUCUUCAACAACCACCAACCCUCUCUAGUUUUUUCAACCCUCCCUAGCGCAAACACCAUGUCCAAAACAAAGAUUCCCAAUCUCCCUGAUCUCUCUGAUCUUCUCGACUACGAUCACACUGUUGCUGGCCAUGCUGGAACCAUGACCACUGCCGAUGGCUCCAUGUUCAUCAAGCCCUGCACGCAGGCAGAGAUCGAUUUUUAUCAGUCGGCCUACUCAGACCCUGCGCAUGCCGACUUCAAAGAAAUAAUGCCCGACUUCUGGGGAACCUUGAGCCUUGUCGACCCUCUCGAACUCAGCUCUGUCGAAGAUGGUGUUCCCGGUCCCGUCGCCUCGCCUGAGGCUAAGAAGGAGCUCGAGGCCUCCGUUACCGGACAGCCCCCGGCCGAUUCGCAUCAGGAGAAUGGGAAGUGGGUGCAGAACAAGUCAAAGAAGAUCAAGACCGAUCAGUCGGUCGUCCUCAACAACUCUGGGUCGGGCUUUACCUCGCCCAACUUUCUCGAUGUCAAGUUGGGUGUCAGGCUGUGGGCCGACGAUGCGCCUGCCGAGAAGAAGCGCAGGUUCGACGACAUCACGAGCAAGACCACACACGGCCCCCUGGGCUUUAGAAUCGCGGGUAUGAAGGUCUGGCGCGGCUCCACCAUGAAGUCCGAGCUGGAUCAGAAUGACUACAAGGUAUACGAUAAGGACUACGGCCGCACCUACGUAAAUGCCGAUAAUGUUGUCGAAAACUUCCGUAAAUUCAUCUUCAACAAGGCCGCCGGUAUCGACGACGACCUGGCACGUGCGGUUGUUACGGCUUUCCUGCAUGACCUGCGAAACGUCGAACGUGUCCUCUCCUCGGAAGAGAGCAGAAUGUACUCGGCCAGCUUGCUGUUCGUCUUCGAGGGCGACGGCGACAAGCUUAGGGAAGCUAUUGCGCAGAACAACGCGGCUGUCGACAGUAUCGUGGCCGCGGAGGCCAAGGCUGAGGCAGAGGGCGAGAAGCCUGGUAGAACUACCUCCCGUGUGGAUAGUGGCAUCGAGCUGAUCGAGGAAGACCGUGUGACGAUCCAUGUCCCCGAUCACGGUAGCCUUUCAGACGACGAUGACGAUGACGACGAUGACGAAUUGCCCAAGGUCUUCACGUUGAAACUUAUUGAUUUCGCCCACGCACAGUGGACUCCCGGCCAGGGCCCCGACGAAAACGCGCUCAAGGGCGUGCGGAGUUUGAUCAAGAUAUUCGAAAAAAUGGAAAAGGAAGAGUGAGGUCCAAGCCCUCUUCCCUGCCGGCUCGAUAGAAGUUGCUCGGGAUACAGAGGCUACCGGUCCUCGACUUUCGCAGCACCACCACGAAAAGUUUUUGCGGGCCAUGAUUUAUGCGAUAAACAAAGACCAUCAUCUACCAGCAGGCUACAGACGAGCACGGUUUGCUCAACGAUUACAAUACCCAGAUACAGUCGAGCGCGCUAUGGUGCGAAGUAGAAGUCGCUCCUGAGGAGGACAACAGGCUCGCAUCCAUGAUAACGACCUUGAGAUACACCAUCAUCAUCAUCACACCAGGCGUCGGGGAUUCCUUUGCAAACUCAUUCAAUACCACUACUUUAUUCUUACAUCUUGC